GCACCGCGACUCGUCAGCGCCAGUAGGCAGUAGCGCUCGAUGCUGCGUACCCUUAUAAGAUGUCUAUGGUGAUAACUGUUAAAUUACCAUCGAAGAAGAAAAACGGAAGUGAGAAGGCAGAAAGUAGCAACGCUCAAGUGUCUGUUUACAUUGUACUCGCAAAAAGCCAACGUCGGAAUGCUGAGAGAGUUGGUGAAGGAGCGAAUAAUGGCGGCGGCUGAUGAAAUAUUCGCGCUGUUUGAAAGAACGAUAGCGUCGUACGAGGAAGAACUUUCUCGAACGAGAGAGGAGAAAGAGCGAUAUCGACAACAACUGGAAGCUGCUAGCAAGGUUCACACUGUGCCUCACGAUCAAGACAUCCUGCGUCCCCUUCAGCUACAGGCAGGGAGUGCCACUUUGGAACAGGAGGAUACACAGCCCCCCCACAUUAAAGUGGAAGAGGAGGAAUUCUGGAUCCCUCAGGAGGAAAAGUGUCUUCUCGCGCUGGAGGAGGCUGCCCUCACCAAGUUGCAACUGUACGUUGUCUCUGUAAAGACUGAAGAUGGUGAAGACAAACCACCUGAAUCCUCACAGCUUCAUCACAGUCCAGGUGAGGAGAACAAAGAGGGGGAACUUCCAGGCAGCAGCGCAACACAACACAUGACGGCAGAAGCUGAUGGAGACCACUGUGGAGGAUUACAAGAAGACAACCUCUUAGCUCCACUAUCAGAUAGUGAUGACACAGCAUCACACACUCCUGGCGAUGAAGACUGGGACUGCGCCCGAGAACCUUUGAGCAGCGGUACAGACUGUGAAGAUGAUGUCAGGACUCAAACUGACAACAAACACUCUGAAUGCUUUCAAGAUAAGACCGAUAUCCAGGGGAGUGCCACAAUAAAGCCGGAGGAUCCACAGCCCCCCUGCAUUAAAGAGGAAGCAGAGGAACUCUGGAUUGCUCCGGAGAAAGUGUGCCUUGUCGGGCAGAGGAAGGCUGAUCUCACCAAGUUGCCACUGAUCGUUGUCUCUGUAAAAACUGAAGAUGAUGAAGACGAAUCCUCACAGCUCCGUCACAGUCCAAGUGAGGAGAACAGAGGGGCGGAACCUCCGAGUAGCAGCUCACUACAACACAUGACAUCAGAAGCUGAUGGAGGAUCACAAGCAGACAACCUCAUAGCUCCACUAUCAGAUAGUGACGACGUGACGUCUCACUCUGCUGAGGAUGAAGACAGCGACGACAUCCAAGAAACUUUGAGCAGAGAUACAGACUGUGAAGGUGAUAACAAACACUCUGAAAGGAGGACGGGUAGACCACGUUGGACCUGCUCAGUUUGCGAUAAAAGCUUUUCUUUUAAGAGUGAUUUUGCUCAACACAGGAAGACGCACGCAGGUGAAACACCAUAUUCCUGUUCGGUGUGCGCAAAUACAUUUACCCGACACAGCAAUUUGAGAGCACACUUGCGCACGCACGACGAAAAAACACCUUUUACUUGCGCCGUCUGUAGUAAAGAGUUCUCCAGAAAAGUACGCAUGGAAUCCCACAUGUGGACUCACACGGGACAAAAACCUUUCAGUUGCUUGACAUGUGGCAAAAUGUUCAUCACAAACGUCUCUUUGAUUGGACAUCAAAGAACCCACACUGGGGAGAAACCUUUUAGUUGUUCAGUUUGCGAUAGAAGAUUCUCUCAGAAGUCGAACAUGAGGUCCCACAUGAGAACACACACAGGGGAAAAACCUUUCUCUUGUUCCUUUUGUGCCAGAACGUUCUCUCGGCAUGACAAUCUGAUGUCACACAUGCGGAUACACGGCAGAUGCACAAACACAAACGUUUCCCUGCCAAGUUAGUGUUUCAAAAUAAUGUGAUGUCACCUUGAAAAUGAUUAUGUACAAACCCUGUUUCCAUAUGAGUUGGGAAAUUGUGUUAGAUGUAAAUAUAAACGGAAUACAAUGAUUUUCAAAUCGUUUUCAACCCAUAUUCAGUUGAAUAUGCUACAAAGAAAACAUAUUUGAUGUUCAAACUGAUAAACGUUUUUUUUUUGCAAAUAAUCAUUAAGUUUAGAAUUUGCUGCCAGCAACACGUGACAAAGAAGUUGGGAAUGGUGGCAAUAAAUACUGAUAAAGUUGAGGAAUGCUCAUCAAACACUUAUUUGGAACAUCCCACAGGUGUGCAGGCUAAUUGGGAACAGGUGGGUGCCAUGAUUGGGUAUAAAAACAGCUUCCCAAAAAUUGCUCAGUCUUUCAAAAGAAAGGAUGGGGAGAGGUACACCUCUUUGUCCACAACUGCGUGAGCAAAUAGUCAAACAGUUUAAGAACAACGUUUCUCAAAGUACAAUUGCAAGAAAUUUAGGGAUUUCAACAUCUAUUGUCCAUAAUAUCAUCAAAAGGUUCAGAGAAUCUGGAGAAAUCACUCCACGUAAGCGGCAUGGCCGGAAACCAACAUUGAAUGACCGUGACCUUCGAUCCCUCGAACGGCACUGUAUCAAAAACCGACAUCAAUCUCUAAAGGAUAUCACCACAUGGGCUCAGGAACACUUCAGAAAACCACUGUCACUAAAUACAGUUGGUCACUACAUCUGUAAGUGCAAGUUAAAGCUCUACUAUGCAAAGCCAAAGCCAUUUAUCAACAACAUCCAGAAACGCCGCCGUCUUCUCUGGGCCCUAGAUCAUCUAAGAUGGACUGAUGCAAAGUGGAAAACUGUUCUGUGGUCUGAUGAGUCCACAUUUCAAAUUGUUUUUGGAAAUAUUUGACAUCGUGUCAUCCGGACCAAAGGGGAAGCAAACCAUCCAGACUGUUAUCGACGCAAAGUUAAAAAAACAGCAUCUGUGAUGGUAUGGGGGUGCAUUAGUGCCCAAGGCAUGGGUAACUUACACAUCUGUGAAGGCACCAUUAAUGCUGAAAGGGACUUACAGGUUUUGGAACAACAUAUGCUGCCAUCUAAGCGCCGUCUUUUUUAUGGAUGCUCCUGCUUAUUUCAGCAUGACAAUGCCAAGCCACAUUCAGCACGUGUUAGAACAGCGUGGCUUCGUAAAAAAAAGAGUGCGGGUACUUUCCGGGCCCGCCUGCAGUCCAGACCUGUCUCCCAACGAAAAUAUGUGGCCCAUUAUGAAGCGUAAAAUACGACAGCGGAGACCCCGGACUGUUGAACGACUGAGGCUCUACAUAAAACAAGAAUGGGAAAGAAUUCCACUUUCAAAGCUUCAACAAUUAGUUUCCUCAGUUCCCAAACGUUUAUUGAGUGUUGUUAAAAGAAAAGGUGAUGUAACACAGUGGUGAACAUGCUCUUCCCCAACUACUUUGGCACGUGUUGCAGCCGUGAAAUUCUAAGUUAAUUAUUAUUUUCAAAAAAAAUAAAGUUUAUGAGUUUGAACAUCAAAUAGCUUGUCUUUGUAGUACAUUCAAUUGAAUAUGGGUUGAAAAGGAUUUGCAAAUCAUCUAACACAGUUUCCCAACUGGGGUUUGUACAUUAGACUUGGACAAACUUUAUUGAUCCACAAGGUAAAUUGUUAUACCAAAUAUACUAUACUUUAUAGACGUUAUACUAAAAUACUAAAUUUAGUGUGCUGUUAAAAAAAACAGCUAUACUACUUUCAAUCAUGGUGUAAAUAUUAAAAAAUACGUUCUAUCUCCUUCUGCUGAAGUAUACAUCAAUGAUUAUAAGGAUGUACUUAUGUUGCUGUUUAAAUACGGGGAACAAGGGAAUUGUGAAAAAACUGCAUGCAUUCUUUAAAUAAAAACGAUUCAAAUGCAAAA